CGGUGGUUCACAGCUUGCUAUGUUUUGUGUACAAAUAAAUCUUUUGUGUUGAUUUGUGAGGUUUUAAUUGCUUUCAAUGCCUUUUCCGGCGUAUGCGUGGAACGUGCCAACGGUUACUGUUACAAAGCUUUUCCUAGAAACGAUCAACUAUUAUCAAACUCCAAACACCCAAGCUGUAUCAAUCAACCAAACCCAAUCCGGUUAAUUUACGUUUCAACGUACACCAAUCGCAAAAAGAAAGACGAUGGCCCAGCGAUUUCCGGGCGCUGGUGGGAUGCCGCAGCGUUACGGUACACCCGUUAGCAAUCCACCGUUUAUGCGUCCGUAUGGGUCAGGAAAUAGUUUCGGGCCGCGGAACUAUUCUGCCCAACCGCAAACAGGUGGAGGACCAACGCAAGUACCACACCAACGUCCGAUGUAUGCUGGAUUUCAGGCAACUAGCAGCAGAGGAUCCGGUGGCCCAAGCGGUGGAGGUAGCGGUGGUGGUGGCAAACGCGGUAGCGUAGAUCGUAAUGCAUCCCAUGCAAAGGCAAACGAUCAGCAAGCGAAGAGAAGGAAAAAGCUCGCCGAUAAAAUACUUCCGCAGAAGGUGCGCGAAUUGGUGCCGGAAUCGCAAGCCUACAUGGAUCUGCUCGCCUUUGAGCGUAAGCUGGAUGCAACUAUAACACGCAAACGGCUCGACAUUCAGGAAACACUCAAGCGUCCGAUGAAGCAGAAGCGCAAGCUACGGAUUUUCAUCUCCAACACGUUCUAUCCGGCGCAGCAUGACAGUGAGACGUUGAACCCGUCACUGCCGCGUGUGGAAUCGUCGUGGGAAUUGCGCGUUGAGGGCCGUUUGCUGGAAGACACCGGUAAACCGGACGGGGUGAAGAUGAAGCGAAAGUUUAGCAGCUUCUUCAAGUCGCUCGUCAUAGAGCUCGAUAAGGAGCUGUACGGGCCGGACAAUUAUCUUGUCGAGUGGCACCGAACCCAUACGACGCAGGAAACGGAUGGAUUUCAGGUGAAGCGUACGGGUGCCCGGAAUGUGCGCUGCACCAUCCUGCUGCUGCUCGACUAUCAACCGUUGCAGUUCAAGCUCGAUCCACGGCUGGCUCGCUUGCUGGGCGUGCAUACGCAAACACGACCCGUAAUCAUUUCCGCCUUAUGGCAGUACAUCAAAACCCAUCGGUUGCAGGAUGCGCACGAGCGUGAGUACAUCACGUGCGAUAAAUAUUUGGAGCAGAUCUUUGGCUGUCAGCAUAUGAAGUUCGCCGAGAUACCGCAGCGGCUUAACCCGCUAUUGCAUCCGCCGGAUCCGAUCGUAAUCAAUCAUGUGAUCAUGGUGGAGGGUGGCGAUGGGCAGGAUGGGAAACAGACGGCCUGCUACGACAUCGAUGUCGAGGUGGACGAUUCGCUGAAACAUCAAAUGAACAACUUUCUCAUGAGCACCGCUAGCCAGCAGGAGAUACAAGCACUCGACGGCAAAAUCCACGACACGGUCGAGACGAUCCAGCAGCUCAAAACGAACCGAGAGUUUUUCCUCUCCUUCGCCAAAGAACCGCACACGUUCAUACACCGGUGGAUCGUGUCACAGAACCGCGACCUCAAGCUGAUGACGGACGUCGUCGGCAAUCCGGAGGAGGAACGGCGUGCUGAGUUCUAUUACCAGCCCUGGGCACAGGAAGCCGUAUCGCGCUACUUCUUCGCGAAGGUGAAUGACAGACGGACCGAGCUAGAGCAAGCACUCGGCAUUCGUCAUACCUAACAGAUACACGACACGGCUGCCUUCCAACCAACCUGAUAACAAUCUGAUUUACAAACAAAUGAAAAGUUUACAGAGAACUGCAGAACCAAAACCCAAGCGUACAAAUCUCACAACGUGUGCCGGCAAUUAGAAUCAAAUCAUAAGAGAACAAGUAUACGUGUUAGUUUUUUUGUGUGUAGUGGAGUGAUAGAAACCAGAAAUAUACCGUGUAUACGAUGAUUUUAA